AUGCUCACUUGGCUCGUUUCUGGUGGGGUGCUACUGAUGGACAACGCCGCAUUCACUGAAGAUCGUGGAAAGUACUUUGCGCCAGUAAUCAUGAUGGUGGCCUCGGCUUUAGGGAAUUUGGGGAUUUUAAUCAAGCUUUACUUGCGAAGGUGGCUUGGCGUCUGGUUUCUGAUCCCACUACCCUCUUGGUGCGGUUGUAUCGUGCCCGAUACUUUCGUACUGGGCAUUCCAUCCUUGAGGCUUCGCUCGGUUAAUCUCCUUCAUAUGGCUGGCGGAGUGUUCUUUUUGGAAGGGAUCUUCUCCUCCAAGGAGUCCGGUGGAAAGUUGGUAAUAGCUUCUCUAUCAGGGCAACCACAGAUCCAUGGCUUCCAACAACACCCCCUUCUCGGCCUAUACUUCGGCAAGGAUCUCCUAUUGCAAGCCCUUUCGUAUCCGCUUUCAUUGAUCCUGGAUCCAAAAGAUGGAAUGAGGCAAUGUUGCGGUUGUUCUUCGUUGAAGAUUCGAUCCGCAUCAUUCAAGGCAUUCCGCUCUCGCAUCGGUCGAUUUCGGAUGCUCUGA